GCCUUCCUCGCGCAUGCGCCCUGGGAGCGGAGCUGCAAUAUUCUGAAGGAUAACCGAUUCGGAGCCAUCCCCAUCAGCAGCCGGACGGGCUCUGUGGGCGCUGCCGCUGGGCCGCCCACCGCUCCGGCUCCCGGGGCCCGCCCGCCCGCCCGGCCCCGACCAUGCCGCCCCAGGAUGAGCAGCCGCGGGUCCUGUGAAGGGAGCGCGCCCGCCAGGGGCGGGGGAACCCCCCCGGCUGGCCGGCGGGAGCGCCUCUCCUCCCGGCUGGUCCUGGGGCAGCGCCUCUGGGAGGUCGCCCUAGACCGAGAGAGGGGCCUCUUGUCCUGGAGGGACCCGGAGCCCUGCCCGCGACGGGCCGCUAGCAGAGAGAGUUGUGCUGUGCCCAUAUCUGAAAUCAUUGCUGUCGAGGAAACAGAAAUCAAUACGAAACAAUCUAAAACAGUGAAAUGGCAAAAAAUGACAAAACCACAUGCAUUCACAGUGUACCACGUGAAGAGGGCACAAAAUCACCGCUGGCGGUGCAAUGACAUAACAUUCUGGUGCAUUGAUGAACAUCUUUGUAAUCAGUGGAUCCUGGCACUAAAAGAAUUACUUGAUUUACAGACCUCUAGACCAAAGCACUUGCUUGUAUAUAUUAAUCCAUUCGGUGGGAAAAAACAAGGAGAAAAGAUUUAUGAAGAAAAAGUGGCUCCCCUCUUUAGUCUGGCUUCCAUCACCACUGAUGUCACAGUUACUGAACAUGCCAAUCAUGCUAAGGAUGAUUUAUUUGAAGUCAAUCUAAAUAAAUAUGAUGGUGUUGUUUGUGUUGGUGGGGAUGGGAUGUUCAGUGAAGUGAUGCAUGGCCUGAUUGGAAGAACGCAGAAGGAUUUUGGCAUCGAUCAAAAUAAUCCCAAAGCAUCAUUAGCCCAAUGCAAUAUCAGGAUUGGCAUAAUUCCUGCUGGUUCAACAGACUGCAUAUGCUAUGCAACAGUUGGCAUCAAUGAUCCAGUAACAUCCACAUUACAUAUCAUCAUUGGAGACACACAACCUUUGGAUGUCUCUUCAGUACAUCGCAAUAAUGCAUUUCUGAAAUACUGUGUAUCAUUAUUGGGUUAUGGUUUUUAUGGAGACGUUUUAAAAGACAGCGAACAAAAGCGCUGGAUGGGUCCUGCCAGAUAUGACUACUCAGGUUUCAAGACCUUUCUAUCUCAUCAUUAUUAUGAAGGAACAGUUUCCCUUCUACCAGCAACACACGCUGUGGGGUCUCCAAGAGAUAAGAAAUACUGCAGAACAGGGUGCCGUACUUGCAAGCAAAGUAAACAACGGCUGGAGAAGGAGCAGCGAAACCAUGAAAAGGGGAUUAAAGGGAAAGAAGAAGGAGAAUGGAAGGUUAUUAGAGGAAAGUUUCUAGCCAUCAAUGCCGCAAACAUCAGUUGUGCUUGUCCACGGAGCCCGAAAGGCCUUUCACCAGCUGCUCACUUGGCAGAUGGCUCUGCAGACCUCAUUCUAGUCCGGAAAUGCUCUCGGUUAAAUUUUCUAAGGUACCUCGUAAGGCAUACUAACCAGGAUGACCAGUUUGAUUUUUCCUUUGUGGAAGUUUAUCGGAUCAAAAACUUCCAGUUCACAUCAAAGCAUUUUGAAGAUGGGGACAACGAUGUCAAUGAUAUGCAGAAAAAACACUUUGGCCAGUUCUGCAGAGACCAUCCUGCUUGUUGCUGCAUCCUUCCUAACAGCACCUGGAACUGUGAUGGAGAGACUCUAGAUAGCUCAACAAUUGAAUUCAAGGUUCACUGUCAAUUAAUAAAACUCUUUGCAAGAGGAAUAGAAAAAUCCAAACAUGAAGCAGCUCACAAGCAAGCGAAGUAAUUAACUGAAGUCAACUCUCCCUGAAAACAGAACAACAGAUUACAGCUGGCUCAACAAAUAAGUAUUUCGGGCACAUUAAUAAAUGUUUUCAAAUGGAA